UCUCUCUCUCUUUCACACACACUCGACAGAGAGGAGGCAGCAGUGACACGACCAGCAGCAUGGAGGAAGAGGCUACGUCGCGGCGCUCUGUUGCUGAACUCGCGGGACGAUUCAAGGCCUCGGCACGGCCACACGACUCUGCCGGGAACCAAACGGAGAAACCGGUCAGACGACGACCUCCUCGCUCUUUACAGCUUCCCAAAACCACCGGAGACGAGCAGGAGCCUCCAGGUGUCACCUCUCCUCUACCUACCAAAGCUAAGAGGAACUCUGCUCUGAUCGAGAAGCUCCAGGCUAACCUGGCUCUCUCCCCCACUGCCAUGCUGCCCUCUCCAAAGAGCCCUGGCUUCAGGCUGCUGCCACCCCCCUUCCCCACCCCUGCCUCCCCCCCGGCAACCACCACAUCGUCCACGGCAACCUCCUCGUCGUCGAUGGCGCCCGCCAGCCCCGUUGGCCCCAUAUCUCCGUUCACCGAGGAGGAACGCCCCACCUCCUUUGAAGCCCCGCCCACCCUGGAGGAAGGAGCCAUCCUGUCUAACAGCAGCAUCAAGGGCCGAGCUCGCCACUCCGUACGGCGCCGGCCCCCGUCUCGCCGCCACAGGACCUCCAGCAGCGGCGAUGAUGUCACCGGCUCUACGGAGAGAGGAGGUGAUGUCAUCACCUCUACGGAGGGACGAGGUGAUGUCAUCGCCUCUACGGAGAGAGGAGGUGAUGUCAUCACCUCUACGGAGGGACGAGGUGAUGUCAUCACCUCUACGGAGAGAGGAGGCGAUGUCAUCACCUCUACGGAGGGACGAGGUGAUGUCAUCGGCUCUACGGAGAGAGGAGGUGAUGUCAUCGGCUCUACGGAGGGACCAGACGUCUCUCUGGGCGCCACAACCACCGGAGAGAAAGAGGGAGAAGAAGAAGACGUUUUCAGGAAGGAGGAGAAAACGGAAGCUCAGGUAGGAGAAGAAGAGAAGGCCAGCGUCGAGCCCAGAGGAGAAGAAGAAGAGAAGGCCAGCGUCGAGCCCAGAGGAGGAGAAGAAGAAGAGAAGAGAAGGUCAGCGUUGAGCCCAGAGGAGGAGAAGAAGAGAAGAAGGAGGGAGAUGGAUCUUCAUCAGGAAGAAAGGAGGAAGAGGAGGAGAAGUCUUCGCCUGAAGAAGCAACAAACUCAGACAGCAGAGGAGAAGAAGAGAGAGAGGAGACGGGGGGUCAGAGGUCAUGAGGAUCCCCUGGGGAGCGGCCAGGGAAACCCUGCAGCGGGCCACCAGACUCUGUCGCCAUGGUUACCCUGUCUCUCCGAUAUCUCCGAGGAAACGGCCCACGAGUCCUCCAGUCAGGAAGGAUUCAUCGUGACUUUUUCCUCAAAUCAUCACCACUUUCAUCCCGAAAUUAUCACGAAUUUUUCCCGAAAUUACGACUUUCUGUCUGCACACAAAUAUCAUGAAACUCCGUCGCCAUGGUUACCCCAUAUUCCCGUCUCGUAAAGAGAGACGAUGAUUCAUCUAGGAUCUAACAGAAGGGAACUUCAUUCACCACCAAGAGGCUCAUGGGAAUGUUUUUACCAUAGACUAUACUGUGUGUGUGUGUGUGUGUGUGUGUGUGUGUGUGUGUGUGUGUGUCUGUGUCUGUGUGUGUGUG